AUGGAGGGGAGACCAAAGGACACCUGGACGGAAGUUCGCUGGAGACAGCGUGAUUUUGGCAGGAAGCGAUUGGAAAAAUCAACCACUAUGUUUGUCUCCAACUUUCCUGAUGGGGCUCGUAAGGAGAAUAUUAAAAAGAUCUUCUCUAGAUAUGGAGACAUCUCGGAUGUUUAUAUGGUGACAAAGAAGGAUAUACACAGGAAGAACUUUGCGUCUGUCAGCUUUAAAGGAGUGGAUGACGAGAUGCGGCUAGAGUAUUCCCUUCAAGGUAUCAAAUGUAUGGGGUCAAGAUUGGAGGUUAACGUGGCGAGGUUUGAACGGAAAGACGGGCCAACGAUAAAGCGGAACAUAGUCGGAAACGGGCCAAAUUCCCAACAAAAAUCUACAGACUCUUUCUGUGAUGGCAGAACCUUUGCAGCAGUGACAUCAGGGUUUCAACAAGACCUGCCUCCUCCCCUCCUGGUGUUAACAAACAAACCUAUUAACCUAGAGACCGACUCCUUCUGGUCGCAUUGGAUACUUAGUCCAUUAACUCUAAUCGGGUAUGUUCGUAGCAUAGAGGGUCUAAGGAAUCUACCGUUGAAGUACAGGUUGGGCCACGACGGUGCCUAUGGAAUGAAAUACAUGGGAGGUCUAUCAGUUGUGAAUUUGGCUGGAAGCUCGUACAUUGGGAAUCGGGAUAGGAUUGAAUGGUUGAAAGUAAUUGGACUCCCUCUACACAUGUGGAGUGAAGAAAUUUUUUCUCGAAUCGCACUGAGUAUAGGUCAGCUCAUUGGACCCAUGGAGACCCCGUUGAAUUUGCAGGAUGUUUCACAUGGCAAGAUUUGUGUCCUAACAGACAAGAAGACAAAAAUUAAUGAGGAGGUUUCGGUGGAAUCAAAUGGGAACAUUCAAAAGGUGGGGCUUCUUGAAUACGAUUCCGAUUAG